CAGUUUACACUUCAUCUUCAACACGAGCACGAGAAGGCGCAUUUUGGGAAGGAGAGCUUUUAUAGAUUUUUGGUGUUUUCGUUAAAGAAAGACAACGCUGAGGAUGAAGCUGUUUCUGUUCCUCGUUAUCUCCUGCCUCGCCUUGCAUAACGGAAAGGGAGCACCAAGAACUGCUGUGUAUAAGUUUGUGAAAUGUAACCCAGAAGGUGACAAGGCCAACUGUAUCACUCAAAAAACUCCAGAAAUGGCAUGGACUCCAGACCUCCCAGCCAAACUGCUUGCUUCAACUGCACAGUAUCUAGAGGCAGAGCCUGAGGAGGGAGAGAGUCCGCCCAGGGAGGAGGAAGUAGAUGAGGUGGAGGAGGAAGAGGGUGAGAGUCCACUAUGGGAGGAGGAAGGUGAUGAGAUGGAAGAGGAGGAAACGCCACUCACAAGUGCAGGGUGGAAGUCACCUGUGGAGACUGAGGAGAGUUCUGGAGGUUAUGAAGGCUCUGCAGCUGAGGGUGAGACCGGCUCCGGCGAGUCAGACAUGAAGUUAUACAAUGAUGGGAAGCAGAGCGGCAUGAGUCUGAGGAGAUUGUUCCCCAGCAAGUCUCUGGUUGGUGAGGCGAAACCAGCAGAACAGGAGCUGAGAGAAGACCUCCUCCUGCAGCUGUAGGAGUACACUCACCCCGUCUAAGACACAUGCACAAGGCUCACAUCUGUUUCAUUUCAACCUUGUCAAAUAAAACAGUAAAACAAAUAUUGCACCUCCCCCUGGUGGUGUAAAACAUGGUUUCUCAGAGAUUGACAAAGGCCAGAUAUAUUUUAUAUUCUCAGUGCUUUUGGUGGGGGUUACUCUUUUCAGGGGCAAAUAAACCGUAAACAAUGUAAAAAGUAGCUGCCAAAGUAAACAAAUGGUCUGCAUAAAUGAGACUUAUACACACUUAAGUUUAAGGUGGCAGUGGGCCCUAUCUAUGCUUUCUUGUGAAAAAGAUAUGUAAGUUGGACUGCUUUUUUACUAUAAAAUUUGAAAUAUGCUUUCAAAUAAUUGUAUAAUCUGUGCAAUAAGAUGACGCCUCUGUCCUUGUAUUGCUCACUCUCUAUAGCUGUGGUUCCAGCCUUAAAAAAAUAGCAAUGAGGUGUGCAUGCCUUUAACACACAUUAAAACAAAGACUUAUUUAUAUUAUUUGAUCCCUUUGUCUCAAAUGUUUUGACACUUUACACUUACCAAAUAGAGAUAUGCAACAAUAUUUGGGAACCUCUGGUCUGCAAAGUUGAACAAGAGAACCUUGCAAACCCCUCAGGAAUGGAUUCAUGCGAUCUUAACCACUGUGAGCUUCAACAUUAUAUCAAAAUAUGUAUUGUGCACAUGCAUGCAUUUCAACAUGCUCUGCGCUGCCUAAUUUGCAUUUGGAAUACAAUAAAAGGUUUAAAACA